AUGGAAACUGAACAUUAUUCUCGUAACGGAUCAGAUGAUACCCAGCACGACGAAUGGUUUGACCCGUUGCCCUUGGAUGAAUACUUGAAAAUCAACGAGCUAUCAAGGAAAAACGUCCCCCAAACACGACCAAUCGACGAUACAGACAGAUUGGGCGAGUUGGAUAUCAGAUGUGGCCCCAUCUUGAGAUUAGCGGGAACGUUUGAAAAAAAUGGCAAACACGAAAACAACAAUAACAACAACUAUCGAGCCUCCAUCAUGUUGGUGGUGAAAGACGUGCCGGAGGGAGUGUCCCCGCAGGUUACUUAUAGAAUAGGCCCAGCAAGAGAAUAUUCAAACGUCAAGCCCGAGUUUCAAAUUGGCGAAUUCCCAGCUACCGUUUAUCAUGAAGAAGGCGACUAUACUUUUUACCGGUUUGCCAUUCACUUGACCAUGGCCGAGUAUGAGCAAAAAGUGGAAUACUACAUCAAUAACCAUUUCAAAAAAUCUUUCCAGUUUUUCAUUCCAAGUUAUCACGAAAGUAUGAAUGUCAUUUCGUACUCGUGCAAUGGCUUUUCCUUGGCGUGCGACGCGGAGCAAUACAAAUCGUCACUUUGGCUAGACGUGUUGGCCAAACACUCGAAGCAACACUACCACGUGAUGCUCGGCGGAGGAGACCAAAUCUAUUGUGACGCUGUCAAGUUGCAUUCAAAGAAGUUGCAGGAAUGGCUUUCGAUGAGUAACCCCAUCAGGAAACACUCUAUGCCUGCAGAUGAAGAAACCAUUGCAGAACUUGAGAAAUUCUACUUGAACCAUUAUAUGGACUGGUACGGCAAAGGGUUUUGGGUUGGCAAACAUUCACUGGUGCAAGAAUCGCUUUUCCCCUUGACCAUGUCGCAAAUCCCGCUGGUGAACAUUUACGACGACCACGAUAUCAUUGACGGGUUUGGCUCCUAUAGCGAUGCCACAAUGAGAGCCCCCAUCUUUAGCAAAGUCGGCAAUGUUGCCUACAAAUACUAUAUGCUUUUCCAGCACCAAAUGAGCCCCGAUGAAAAAUUGCACUUGGAGGAUCCUUCUUGGGUGUUGGGCAAGAAAAAUGGCGCCUUUAUCAAGCAAAAGAACCAUUCCGUGUUUAUGAGAUUGGGCAAAGAGAUUAGCCUUUUGGGAUUAGACUGCAGAACCGAACGGAGAUUGAAACAGAUUAAUGACCCCGAGACUUAUCGCGUCGUUUUCAAGAGGUUGACUGAUGAAAUCGCGUCUAGUAAAGAUACAAAGCAUUUGUUGGUCAUGUUGGGUGUUCCCAUCCUUUAUCCUCGAUUAGUGUGGUUGGAGUGGCUAUUAACCUCGACCGCGUUUUACCCCUUGCGUAAAUUGGCCCAAAAGGGGCUUUUAAACAAGGGGCUAGUCAAUGAAUUCGACGGCGAUAUCGAAGUAUUGGACGAUUUAAACGAUCACUGGUGUGCCAAAUACCACAAGAGAGAGCGCAACAUUUUACUAAAGGAGUUGAUGGACUUUGGCGCUUCAAAAGGUAUAAGAGUCACCAUAUUAUCAGGGGACGUUCACCUUGGUUGCAUCGGUAGACUCAAGUCAAAGUACCACCACCAUCCAACGGCCCAUUUACUCGGCGACGCGCAAGAAAUUGCCGAGGCCAACAUUCAUGUGACACAGGACCCCGAGCAUGACCCCAGGUUAAUCUUUAAUGUUGUCUCUUCUGCCAUAGUCAAUGCGCCGCCACCAGAUGCAAUGGCGUCACUUUUAAACAAAAGAAGCGGCAUACACCGCUUUAACAAAGACACCGACGAAGAUGUGCUUCAGAUAUUUGUCAAGGACGUUAACGGCUCAUCCAGAGACAAUAAGCAGUUUCUCAACAAGAGAAACUGGUCGGAUUUAAUCCUUGCCAAACAGUCCAUUACAUACAAGUCGUUAGCCAAGAACGAUGAAGACGAAGGUGUGCUUCGAAAAUUCCCCCAGCCUGUCUUUGAAGGGAAAGAACACGAUGAUUGUUUAAAGGAGAAAGAUGUCGAUGAGAGAAAUGUCAAGUAUCCCUUGUUUAGCGACUCGUUGAUUGCCACGUUGCGUGUGGAGCAAAACAAGGACGACGUCAAGAGUCCCAGUGUUGGAUAUGAAGUUUUCAUUCCGAAAUUAAUUGGAAGAUACAAUUUGGAGUAUGCUCCUAUAAAGCAUGUCGAUAUGUGA